ACGUCAACGGUGCAUCGCCUUCCGGUAAAAAGCACGUAAAAUUGUCUGAACCCGUUGGGGCACCCGGAAGUAUUGUGGGAGGGCAGUAUGAGGAAGGUCUGGACAAUUCACUGGAAGCAGAUAGCAAACGCAAGGAAGCUGAAGAGCUGCUGAAAAAGGCAGCGACUCCGGUGGACGUCACGGAUGUUGCUAUAUCAAUUAUCGCCAAG